CGCUCGCUAUUGGCCAAGUGAGGCGCGCGUGACGGCGCGUGCGCUGGGAAGGGGCUGCCGCGCUGAGUUGUAGGGUCGGCGGGACCGCGCCGUGGAUGCGGGGCCAUGAUCCGGAACGGGCACGGGGCGGCGGGCGGCGCCGAAGGGCAAGGCCCGGGGGACAAGCGCGCCGUACGGGUGUGGUGUGACGGCUGCUAUGACAUGGUGCAUUAUGGCCAUUCGAACCAGCUGCGCCAGGCACGGGCCAUGGGCGACUACCUCAUCGUGGGUGUGCACACCGACGAGGAGAUCUCCAAACACAAGGGGCCACCGGUGUUCACUCAGGAGGAGAGGUACAAGAUGGUGCACGCCAUCAAGUGGGUGGAUGAGGUGGUGCCAGCAGCUCCUUACGUCACCACGCUGGAGACCCUGGACAAGCACAGCUGCGACUUCUGUGUCCACGGCAAUGACAUCACGCUGACCGUGGAUGGCCGGGACACCUAUGAGGAGGUGAAGCAGGCCGGGAGGUACAGGGAGUGCAGGCGCACCCAGGGCGUGUCCACCACGGACCUCGUCGGCCGCAUGCUGCUGGUGACCAAGGCACAUCACAGCAGCCACAUGUCCUCCGAGUACCGGGAGUAUGCAGACAGCUUUGGCAAGGCAGCCCCAGGCUCAGAAGAGGAGGCCCUGGAGCAGCAGGUGAGAAACAUGCCUGGGAGGCCUGUUGCUGACCAGACCCUUCUGCUUGCAGUGUCCAGGGGGGUGGGACCCCUGGACGGGGGUGUCCCAGUUUCUGCAGACAUCCCAGAAGAUCAUUCAGUUUGCUUCCGGGAAGGAGCCCCAGCCAGAGGAGACGGUCAUCUACGUGGCUGGCGCCUUCGACCUGUUCCGUAUCCUCUGGGAGUGGGAGAUGGGUUGUCCCUGCCCCAGGUCUUUCCCCCUGCGUGUCCUUAUUGCACUAGCGGUUGGCAGCACCUGGAGGCUCCCGCUGACCCUCAAGGGCCCUGCACUGGGGAGGUCAACCACUACAAGGGGAAGAACUACCCCAUCAUGAACCUGCAUGAGCGGACACUGAGUGUGCUGGCCUGUCGGUAUGUGUCAGAAGUGGUGAUAGGGGCCCCAUAUGCGGUCACAGCAGAGCUCUUGGACCACUUCAAGGUGGACCUGGUGUGUCACGGGAAGACAGAAAUUGUGCCUGACAAGGACGGUUCUGACCCUUACCAGGAGCCCAGGAGAAGGGGCAUCUUCUGUCAGGUGGACAGCGGGAGCGACCUCACCACGGACCUCAUCGUCCAGCGCAUCAUCAAAAACAGGCUGGAGUACGAGGCCCGGAACCAGAAGAAAGAGGCCAAGGAGCUGGCCUUCCUGGAGGCCAUGAGGCAGCAAGAGGUGUGUCCCGAAAGAGAGGGUGGUUGUGACUUCUGACCAGAGCACCGACGGCCACCUGGGCUCUGAAGCCAGCCCUGUCCCUGCUCCACACCUGCACCUCGGGAGGUUGGCUCAUGUUUUUUAACAAAGCCUGCAGUGCUGCCUCUCCAGCCGGCUUGGCCUCAGAAGGGCUGGUGUAGAGGACACUGCCUCCCACCCCGCCUGCAAGGCACCCUUCCUGCCAAGCUGCACAGAGAGGGCAGCCAGCAUGGUCGAGCAGCACAGCAGAUGGGAUGAGCCGAGGGCAUGUUUGACCAGAGGGGUGCCACCCUGUGUGCCAGGGAAGGCUCAGCUUCCAUCCUCCUGACUCCACUGCUGCCCCCUGGCCCCCCUGCCACCUGGCUCCAAAUGGCACUUCCUGCACACUCGGCUGCAGUAGUAGCCAGCUGCAGGGGAGCAGUGAGCCUGUGGGCCGUCCCCUUCCUCUUCAGAGUGCAGACCAUGUUACCUGUGUGGGCAGCCUCUGCCCUGAAGCAUAACCAGCAGGCCUGGCUCCUGGGCCCCGCACCUCCCGCUUCCCUGGCCAGCCUGCUGCUGUCCCCACAGACCUUUUCUGACUUUGUACCUGACUGGCUUGUGUACAAAUAAACCUGGUUGAGGCACUCCA